AUGGAUGUUCAUGUGAUACCUAUUGGAGAAGGAAGUGGUAAUCGAGGUAUGGAGAAUGGUGGGGAAGCUGAAAUUGGUGAAGUUAAUAAUGCUGGAAACUCUGGAUCACUUGCUGAGGGUAUGGUUUUUGAGCCGUAUUUGGGUAUGGAAUUUGAUUCUGAAGAUUCUGCAAAAACUUUUUAUAGUGAGUAUGCUAGACGGUUGGGUUUUAGCUCCAGAGCUGGGUUGCAUGGUCAAUUUAACGCUGAUGGGACAAAUAUGUUUAGGGAGUUUGUGUGUAGCAGGGAAGGUUUGAAAAGGAAGAUGACUGAAAGUUGUGAGGCGAUGAUUAGGAUAGAGCAAAAGGGUCAAAAUAAGUGGGCUGUUACGAAGUUUGUGAAGGAACAUAGUCAUUCUAUGGCGGUACCUGAUAAGGUGGAAAAACUUCGACCACUGAAGCAUUUUUCUAGUGUUGGAAGAACCAUGCCUGAAACUUACAAAGGAGUGGGGCUUGUUCCCACUGGUGUCAUGUAUAUAUCUAUUGAUGGGAAUCAUGUUUCCUCCAAGAAUAGUCACAAGAGUAGGAACUAUCCUGCAGCUGCUUCUGCCAAAACGAGUCAUCCAGCUAAAAAUUCCCCAUUGAAGACUUAUACUAUAAGGCAACCACCUAUUCAAAAGAAGACAUUAGGGAGGGAUGCUCAGAGCCUGCUGGAGUAUUUUAAGAAAGUACAGGCUGAAAACCCUGGUUUCUUCUAUGCAAUUCAACUUGAUGAUGAUAAUUGUGUGUCUAAUGUGUUUUGGGCAGAUUCAAGAUCAAGGACGGCUUACAGUCAUUUUGGUGAUGCAGUUACUCUGGACACAACACAUAGAGCAAAUCAAUAUAGUGUACCAUUUGCUCCAUUCACUGGGAUUAACCAUCAUGGUCAGAUGAUUUUGUUUGGUUGUGCACUCAUUUUUGAUGAUUCCGAGGCUUCUUUUGGUUGGCUCUUCAAGACAUUUCUAUCAGCCAUGAACGACCGUCACCCUCUCUCUAUAACUACCGAUCAGGACAGAUCUAUACAAACAGCAGUUUCACAAGUUUUCUGCCAAGCACGUCACUGUAUAAACAAGCGUUAUGUCUUGCGAGAAGGCCACGAAAAGUUGGGCCAUCUAUGUCGCAUGCAUCCACAUUUUCAUUAUGAACUUUAUAAUUGUAUUAAUUUGACAGAAACAGUUGAGGAGUUUGAAUUUUCUUGGAACUCUAUCAUGGAUAAAUAUGGACUCAGAGGGCAUGAUUGGCUUCAGUCCUUGUAUAGUGCGCGUGAUCAAUGGGUUCCAGCAUAUUUCCGUGAUUCAUUUUUCGCUGUAUUAUCUCCUAAUCAAGGAUUUGAUGGUUCUUUUUUUGACGGUUUUGUAAAUCAGCAUACAACAUUACCAAUGUUCUUUAGGCAGUAUGAACUAGCUUUGGAGAGAUGGUUUGAAAAGGAAAUAGAGUCAGAUUUGGAGACAAUUAGUGCUACACCAGUUCUGAAGACACCUUCACCAAUGGAGAAUCAAGUUGCUAAGCUUUAUACACGGAAAAUAUUUUUGAAGUUUCAAGAAGAGCUAGUUGAAACUUUUGCUUAUACUGCCAACAGAAUCGAAGAGGAUGGGGCAAAUAGCAUAUUUAAAGUUGCCAAAUUUGAGGAUGUCCAAAAGUCGUAUACUGUCACAUUAAACCAUUCCGAGUUGAGAGCCAACUGUAGUUGCCAAAUGUUUGAGUAUUCUGGCAUUCUUUGCAGGCAUGUUUUAACUGUUUUCACUGUGUCUAAUGUAUUCACCAUACCGUCCCAUUACAUCUUAAAACGGUGGACAAGGGAUGCAAAAAGCAGUGUUGUAUUGGAUGAAUGUGGUGGUGAAUCACAUGCACAUAAGUCUUUGACAUCACGGUAUACCAAUCUGUGUCGGGAAGCCAUCCAAUAUGCCGAGGAAGGGGCUGUAGCUAUGGGAACUUAUGAUGCUGCAAUAGGUGCUCUUAGAGAAGGUGGAAAGAAAAUUGCUGUCAUGAAGAGGAAUAUUGCCAAAGCUUCGCCAACUAGUCAGCGAAUCAGCGAGAAUGCUUGUGCCGACAAGAAAGCCCUAAUUUCAACAUCAGAUACAAGAACAACCCCUAUUUUAUGGCCACUAGACGGCGAAACAACAAGGUUUAAUCUUAAUGAUGCCGGUUCUCCUGUUCAACCAGUUGCUGAUCUGAAUUUACCUCAAAUAACCCCAAAUCCACAUAAACGAGUUGAUGUUCCAACCUCAGUGCAUCGUCAGCGAGUUGAUGGUCCAUCCCCAGGGCCUCGUCAGCGAGUUGAUGGUCCGCGGCCAGUGCCCCGUAGGCGAGUUGAUGGUCCAUCCCCGAUGCCUAGUCGGCGAGAUGAUCAUCCACCAUGUGUGCUUCUUCAGCAAGAUGAUGCUCCACCUGAAAACACGAUGGUUCUUCCAUGUCUGAAGUCAAUGACGUGGGUAAUGGAGAACAAAACCUCAACCCCAGAGAACAAAGUAGCUGUUAUCAAUCUCAAGUUGCAAGAUUACAGCAAGGGUCCAUCAGCAGAAUAUGAAGUUAACUUCCAUCUCUCUCGAAGUACUGUCGGGCCUGUUUUGAAGUCUAUGGCUGAAGUCAGCGAACAACUUUCAGCAACAGCCAAUAAGGUUGCUGUAGUAAAUCUAAAGCUUGAGGAUGCCCAGGCUUCUGGUGAGUCUGAAGUUAAGUUUCAAGUGUCCAGAGAUGCAUUGGGUGCUGUACUACGAUCAAUGUCUUAUAUCCGCGAGCAACUUUCUUGCGCUGGAUCAGAACCUAUAUCGAAAAAGCAUAGAAACUGA